AUGAGUUCUGGUGAGUUUUUUCUCCAUUUUUGGGUCGAUUGUUCGAAAAUUGCCUUAUCUUUCCUAAUGGACACCUGCCAGAAUCAUCACGUUAUCAGUUACGACGUGACUAAUAAGAUAACGGGGCUUUUUGAGUGAAGCUUGUUUAGGUUUUUUGGUACGAAAAAGGCUGAAAUAGCAUUUUUAUAACUCAAAAAGGUCAAAGAUUACAGAAAAUUUCGAAAGUCAUCUUACUUUUUGAGCAAAAAAACGUCAAUUUAGUGAACUUUAUGGAAAAAAAUUUGCUUAUAAAAACAAUUAACUCUGCUCUCCAAGAGUCAAACCAGGAGAAAAAAAUUUAAAAUUUUCAGUUUCUUGAUUUGAAAAAUUGACAAAAAAAUCAUUAAAAUACUUCAUUAAAAAUUUCUGGAUUUGAAAGAAAAAGCGUUAAUUUUAUCAAGAGAAUAUUGAAAAACCCUUUCCUUUGAAAAAUUCAGCAGUGAAACUGGAAACAGGCAUAUUUAAAAAGAAAAAAAUUUCAAUUUUAACUUUAACUUUCAAAAAAACCCCUAAUUUGUCAAUAAAAAAACCAGUUUUUUUUGUUCAAUUUUCAGCUAAAAAAAUCCAUUUUUUUCUUCUAAUCUCAUCAUUUUUUUCAGUCGGUGGAGUAGCUACCGACACCAGAUUUACGAGCCAACAUUUCACUUCGCCCCUCAAAACCACCAUUAUCAACGAAUCGGAAUUCCCAUCGCUGGGCGCGCGAAGUGAGUUUCUUUUUUUUCAAAAAUUUAAAAAAUAUUUCUCAGCUAUCAAAAAAAAUUUUCUCGGUGUUCCAGGCUUUUUCUAGAACCUGUAAAUCAUUAGAAUUUUGCUCAGAAAGCCCUAUAGGGGCCACUAAACAAUUAACCCCUAUAGGGACCGUUUAAUUUUCUCUCAAGAGGUCACUAAAACAACAAAACCCUAUAGGGACCCCUCCCAAUUUCUUCAGUACAGUCGUAAAAAGCUUCUAGAAGUUUUUGAAGGCGCAAGGAGUAACUUGCCUGAGUAUUCAACGUUAAUUAUUGAUCUUGUACGCAGGUAACUUGAUUCAACUUUAUCAAAGAAAAAGAACCUUUUUUGAAGCCAAAAUAGGCAGAUCUGUGGCAAAAUCGAUUUUCAUUCAGUGACUUGUAUGCAUCAUGAUAAAUAGAAAAAGUCCUUCAUAAGAAUAAAAAUAAAAUUAAGAGGAAAAUAAUGACUAAGCAGUUUUUUUUCUUUCAUUUAUAAAUUUCUUAGUGAUCCAUGAUACCUUUUGGCUUCAGUUAAAGUUUGAAUUCUAAGAAUUUCUGAUCCAAUUUACUCUAUCCUAUCAGUUUAAGAAAGUCGAAAACUACUCAGUUGAGCAAAAAAAGUCAGAUCUUUUUCUACGAGUUUAUAAAUUUUAACCCCUCUCAGAACCUCUACAACUUGUUAUAUCGCUUCUAGAACCUCUACAGCGUGUCUUACCGCUUUCAGAACUUCUAAAACUUGUCUUACCCCUUCUAGAACUUCUACAACUUACUUACCCAUUCUAGAACUUCUACAACUUGUCUUACCCCUUUCAGAAGCUCUACAACUUGUUUUACCCCUCCUAGAACUUCUAAAACUUGUCUUACCCCUUUUAGAACUUCUACAACUUGUCUCACCCCUUUCAGAACCUCUACAACUCGAUUUACCCCUUUCAGAAUCUCUAAAACUCAAUUUACUUCUCCUAGAACUUCUACAACUUGUCUUAACUCUUCUAGUACUUCUUCAACUUUUUUUGGGACGUCCACAACUUGUCCUUAACAGCUUUCAGAACCUCUACAACUCGAUUUACCCCUCCUAGAACUUCUACAACUUUUCUUAACUCUUCUAGAACUUCCACAACUUUUUUUUACCCCUUCGAGAACUUCUACAACUUUUCUUACCUCUUUCAGAACCUCUACAACUUGUCUUGCCCCUUUUAGAAUUUCUACAAUUUGUCCUAUACUUUCUUGUCCUUAAAAACUUUCAGGACUUCUCAAACGCCACAUACAAACUUCUGUAAUCAAUUAUCAACCUAAUUGUUUGCAGGCACUCCACUGGGCGGCGGAUACUCGCCGUUACCGACGACCAGUGGAGCGGCAUUCACGGCAGCCCAGUCGUCCUCGCCCUUCAAAGAUGCCUUCCUGCCCAACCAUCGGAACUACGGUUAGCUCAUCUUCUAUUUAUUUUAUUUAUUAAAACUUCAUUUUAAAAUGCCUGAUCAAAUUUAUUAUAAUGUGUGUUUGAAGAAUUUUAAAAACUUAAAAUUAGCUCCUGCGUUAUCAAAAACCUGAUAAAAUUCUCCUAAAUCAACGAAAUUGAUAAAAAUUCUUUUUUAAAAGGUCCUUGGCAUUUUUAACUAAGGCCUUAGACAUUUUAACAACCCCGCAAUACGUUUUGAACAAGUUAUCAACGAUAAAAACUUCAAAAUAUGACCACCAUCAGGAAAAGAAUAAAAAACUGACCCUCGAGAAAUUUCGAAAAAACCGCUCCGAAGUGCAAUGAGAAGCUUCAAUAGGCGUAUAUCUUUAAGCUGAAAACGUACUUGAAAAUGAAACUUGAUCCUGAUAACGAUAAAAAAACUAUAAACGUAAAAAAAUUAAGUUCAAUAAUAAGAAAAAAAGGCUGUGAAAAUUGACAAAAAAAUCUAUUAGAUCCCUUGAAAAUCCCUGAAAACUUACUUAUAAACGCUUCGAACAAUGUAAAAACGGGAGAAAACUUUUUGAAAUACAAAAGAAAAAAACGAUAAAUGUGAAUUUUCUAAAAAAAUUUUCCGAGAGGGACCACUUCAAUUUCGCCGCAGGGCGCAGAAUCUGCUUCUCAACAUUUUUUUCUUUUCCAUUUUCAAAAAAAGUUUUUCCUUUCUAUUUUUUUCUUUUUAUUUUUUUAAGUAGAUAUAAAGCAUUUAGUAUGCUCAGAAGUAGUUUGCUCGAAUUUCUUCACGUUAAAUCGUUUUUCUUGGCGCGCAUAAUUUCUUUGGAAUAUCUUAUUAAGGUUCUGUGCGUGAUUUAUUGUUCAUUUUGCUCGUAUUUUUUCGCAAUUUUCCGGCGAAUUCAAAUUUGAAGCCAAGAACCUUAUUGCCACAAUGGCAAACCUGACAAACGAUUACCGUGGCGGCGGCAUAGCCGAUGCCAUGAAUGCUCAUCGGAGUUCGUUUCUCGUUGGCGCUUGGGCGGCUAAUAAUGGAGGUUUUGAAGUUUCUCGAGUGGUUCUGUAUAUUUUGGUUGUUUUAUUUUCUAGAUGAACUUAUAGUUGAUUUUUUAUUCAAUUUUUGAAUUGAAGAAAGAAGGGGUUAUGUUAUAAAUUGAUGUUCAUGACUUGGCGGACGAGUUUUAUGUUAAUAAUUUGGUUGGGGAGUAAGCUUCGAAUGGAGAAAACUAGUUCAGCCUCAGCGACAACAUCAAAAAGCCGAACAAAGAUUGGAACUAGUCCCUCGGAUGAAAUUACUGUGAUGAAUCCAAUGAUUGACUUUUGCAGCGACGUUGAUGAGAUCCGACCCGUCGCUGACCAACCCCGAGUUUCAAAUCCAGAACGAGGACUUUCCGGCGCUGCCGGGAGCCGGCGCCCCUGGCAGCGGUUCGGCCGCCGGCAUCGACCUUGGCUCUCAUCCAACGCAGUCUUUAGUGAGUACUGAGCAUCUUUAAGGCUAGGAAAAUCUAUUUUUGAGAAUCGAAAUGUUCGUAACAUAAUUUUAAUAAUUCUUGAUGAGUUUCUGUGACAAGUAUGUGUAGAAAAAGGCCUAGAAUCGGGAUUUUUCCGUCUUUAGGGAGUAAUGAGCAUCUUUGAGGCUAGGAAAAUCUAUUUGAACGUUUAAAAAAGGUAACUUGAACUUUUAUAAUGUAAUUUGAAAAGCGCUCGAUGAUUUUUCAUGAAAAAUAUGUGUAGAAAAAGCAUAAUUUGGCUUUUUUUUGUUUUCGGUGAGUUUGGAGCUUCUUUGAGGCUCUGACAAUCUAUUUGAACCUUUCUAAAAAGAUGACUUGAAUUUUCAGAACAUGAUUUUAAUAGUUCUUGACGAGUUUCUAUGACAAAUACGUGUAGAAAAAGGCCUAGAAUCGGGCUUUUUCCGUCUUUAGUGGGUUUUGGGCAUCUUUGAGGCUAGAAAAAUCAAUUUGAACGUUUAGGGAGGCAAUAAAUUAUUUUUGAUUUCCAAAUGUUUAUUAUAUAUUUUUGUUGAAGAUUUGAUCAGUUCCCAUGUCAAUUUUGUUUAGAAAAGGCACUUAUUCUGUUGUUUUUCUAGUCUUUAGUGAAUUUUAAACACCUGUUAGGCGUCUAGAAAAAUAAAUUGAACGUAAAAAAAAAAAUUAAAAUGUUCCCUUUGAGGAUAGGAAAAAUCAUUUGAACGCUUUUAAAAAAAAUAACUCGAAUUUUUAAAACAUGAUUUUAAUAAUUCUUGAUGAGUUUCUGUGACAAAUAUGUGUAGAGAAGACCUAGAAUCGGGAUUUUUUCAGUCUUUAGUGAGUUUUGGGCACUUUUGAGGCUAGGAAAAUCAAUUUUAAGUAUGAAAAUUGAAUCUAAACGAUUAUUAUAAGUUUUAAAAAGUCAUUGACGAGUUUCUGUAAUAAAUAUAAGUAGAAAAAGCAUAUAAUCGGGCUUUUUUUUUAGUCUUUAGCGAGUUUUAAGCUCCUUUAAGGCUAUGAGAAUCUAUGUGAACGUUUAAAAAAACUUGAACUUUUAUAAUAUAAUUUGAAAAGUGCUGGAUGAUUUUUUUAUGACAAAUAUGCGUAGGAAAAAGCAUAAAAAUUAGUCUUUUUUUGAGUUCUUAGCAAGUUUGGAGCGUUUUUUUGAGGCUAGAAACAUCAAUUUGAAGUGUAAAAAAAUAAAAAUCUAGACGUUUAUUAUGUGUUUUUAAGAGUGAUUGACGAGUUUCUGUGACAGAUAUGUGUAGGAAAAGUAUAGAAUCGGUUUCAUUUCACCUAGUCUUCAGUGAGAUUUGAGCUUUUUCAGGCUAGAAAGUUAAUUUUUUUUCAAAGCAUAGGUAAAAUUCAAAUGGGUCUCGAGGCGACGUGUAGAUUCAACUCUUCUGUGCCUUUAAAAAGCCUUUUUUGAACAGAAUUAUGAGUUUUAAAGCCUGUCAUUGCUGAUCAUUAGAUGACAUUUGACGCGAUUUCGCAAUAUGCCGCGUUGUUUGAAGAUCGUGUAGCGAAAUUGCAUCUUGCUUUUUUUUUCUUAAACGUGUACUUUUAGUUCAAUAAGGGUUAUUCUAUAUUCAUUCAGGUCUUUUAAAAUUUAUCCAUACUGAAAUUAAAUUCUAGAAAAAAAAAAUUAAGGGUUCCUCUUCAAUUUUAAUGAAAGGAGGUCGAAGAAAAUCUCGAAAACAUACGUCGGCUGGAUCCCACCCCGGGGCGCGGCCUUCCCCCUGCGGCCUAUUUUAGUACAUUUUCAAAUUUUUUUUUGCGCGCAAAGCUGGAGUGGGAUCCGGCCGGGUUAUGCUCGAAAAUAUCCAAAAAAAAUCAUUUUUAAACGCCGAAAUUCUUUCAGUUGACAUCCGCUGCUGACUCGUUCGCGUCGGCGACGUCGAUGGAUCCCUACGCGGUUCGAGCCGCGGGAAAUGAGCCCGUCCGCGGCAUCAUUACCCAUCCUGACGGUGGGUUUUUGUUGCUUUCCGACAGAAAAAUUUUUUUUUUUGAGGUUUUUGUAGCUUUUUUUCAGCUCUCAUGGCUCUUGGAGUUUGACAAAAAUCAGAUUUAUGUUUUUGGGUUUCUUCAUAUUUUAAGGUCAUUUUUUUCAAAUAGAUUAAUAGGAAUUUUUGUUUUCUCUAGAAAUAUUUCCAUUUCAGAACCUUUUUCAAAAAAAUACACGCUUUCAAUAAUUUAUCCUCCAUUUUCUAUAAGUUUUGUUCUUUAAAAAAAUAGUUCUAAUCGGCUUUUUUUCUCUGAACUAUGAGCUUGAUUUUUGCGAAAAAAAUCGGAGGCUAUGGAAUUUUUGGGCUGAAAUUCUAGUGCAAUCGUUUCCACCAAAUAUAGGAUUUAUUUGUUUUCGUUUCAAAAAGGAUAAUUUUUUUAUGCAAUCUGGUGUGAAUUUCAGGAUCUUCUACAAAAUUGCCCAGUUUUUUUGAAAGCCCAGGAAAAAUUUUUUUCUUGUGGACUGUAGACUGGAUUUUUUUAUCUAUUUGAAAGAGAAAAAAACAAAUUUCAUACUAGGGACCUCCAGAGUGGCCACUAUAGGUGCUGUUUUCCAUCCUAAACCCUUUAGGGGCUUCUCUGGCGUUCCUAGACCUUUUUGUCGAGGAUUUCCGAAAAAUUUCUUAAGGACCGAGAUUUUCACAAUGUUUUGUUAAUUGGAUUGAAUCUUAUAGCGACUUUUCAUUCUCCCUAACCCCUUUAGGGGCCACUCUGGUUUUCCUAAACUCUGAUUUCAAGACCUUUUUUGGACGAUUUUGGAAAAUUUUUUGAGAAAUCGUCAUUUUUAUUAUGCUACUUCAAUUUUGGGAGUGCCAAGACCUUAAUUUUUCAAUUUUUUUGAAUUUUCAAUGUAAGAAAUUGAGCAUUAUGGCUUUUUUACCGAAAAAUUCCUAGGAAACUUGAAUUUUUACCGUUUCGGGAGUUUCAAGAAGGUUGUUAUAGCCGAUUCCUAGGGACUUAAGAAGGCGUGGCCUGUCUGCGCUCUCCACUAACUAGGCACUGUCUCGUUUAUUUUCGUGUCAGGACCAUUUUCUUGAAGCUCAAGCCAACCAGCUAUAAUAUCGUUAGAAAAAAUACGAAAACGCGACUUUUGUCAUAAGGAAUUUCAUCUUUCUGAAAGUUUCUAAAGCUGGGAUUUUUUCUGUAAUCUGAAACUUGAUCAAAAUAUUAAAAAUAACAGUCUCCAGAAAGUUUCAGAAAGAUUGAAUUCCUUACAAGGAAGUUAUCAUCAAAAACCAUUUUUUUCUUGUAUAUUUUUUUGAAGGUACUUUAUAUUCUCCUAGAUAAGAAUAAGAAAAUUAUUGUUCUAGGCGAGGUAUCGAACAUUCCGGCUUCAAUGUUGGCCGAUCAGUUCGGGAUGGCGGGCCUCGUGACCUACCUGAGGACGGUCGACAACCCCUCGAUCGUCUCCCUGGCCCUCGGCUACGAUUUGACGACCCUCGGCCUCAACCUCAACAUCUCGGAGUUGGUUUUUGAACUUUUCAAGUCUUGGAAAUGAAGUUUUUAUGAGGUCAUAUCCAAAAAAAAAUCUUUUAAAUUGCCUUUUUUAGGCUAGGAUUUUUUUUAAAUCUAGUUUUAAGCGCUUUUUUCCGUCCUAGGAGUGGUUUAGAUGGGGCGAAAUGAAUUUUUUCUAGGUUUCUAGCACUUUUUUUUGAGAGACCUUGAUUUAUUCACUGAACACCUUAUAGAAACCUUCUUUUGAAAUUUAGGCCACUUAAGGGGUCACUAGAAGAGUUUUGAUCACCACUUGAGGGGUCACUAGGAGAGUUUUGAGAUUCUAGGCCUCUGAAGGGGUCACUAGGAGAGUUUUGAUAUUUUAAGCCGCUUGAGGACCCCCUGGGAGAGUUUUGAGCUUUAGGCCACUUAAGUGGUCACUGGGAGAGUUUUGACAUUUUAAGUUACUUGAGGGGUCGCUAGAAGAGUUUUGAGCUUUUAGACAACUUAAGGGGUCACUAGAAGAGUCAAAGUGAAGAUCUUGAUCUAUAAGGUUUUCAGAACUGUAGUUGGUCAAUCUAGAGUCAAAUUGAAGCGUUAGAACUCUAAGUGGCUACUUUAGGGGUGAAAUGGAGAUUCUAAGUUUUCUGAUCUAUAAGUGGUCACUUUAGAGUGAAAUCAAAGCGAAAGAACUCUAAGUGACCACUUUAGGAGUGAAAGGGGAUUUUUGUGUUUUCUGAUCUAUAAACGGUCACUCUAGAGGUCAAAUUAAAGCAUUAGAACUCUGAGUGGCCACUUUCGGAAUAAAAGAGGGCUUCAAGGCCUUCAGAGCUGUAAGUGCUCGGUACAGAAGUAAAAGUUAAGCUUUGAAACUUUGAGUGACCACUUUAGGAGUUAACUGGAAGUUUCUGAUGUGUAAGUUGUCACUCUGGAGGUAAAAGGGAAGCUUUUUAACUGUAAGUGACCACUUUAGGAGUGCAAAUGGAGCUUUUCGACGUUCAGGCCUGUAAUUUCUCACUCUAGGAGGGGAAUUAAAGGUUUAAAACUUGAAGUGGCUACUUUGAAAGUGAAAGUGGCCCUUCAAGCCCUUCUGAACUACAAGUGGUCACUCUAGAGGUGAAAGUAAAAUGUUGGAACUUUAAACGAACACUUUAGGAGCGUAAUGGAGUGACUACUUAAGUGAGGUUACUUAAGUGACUUUAAGUGACCAUUUUAGAAGGGAGAGGGCCUUUAGAGCUGUGAGUGGUCAAUCUAGAAGUAAAAAUAAAGCUUUGAAACCUCAAGGGACCACUUUAGAAGGGAAAGUGCGGCUUCCAGAGCUACAUAUCUACAAGUGGUCAUUCCAGAGGGGAGUGUUGGAGCUUUAAGUGAUCACUUGAGAAGGCUGCAAAACUUCAAGGGAUCACUCUAGUAGUCUUAGGCUGCACGAAAGCUUUCUUUGGGUUUUCUCAAAGAUUUUUUGUUGUAUAGUUGAAGAAAAUCACUGAUUAUAAUCCAUUCCACCGGUUGUUCAGCGAAUUCGUUUGUUAAAGUUGCAGACGGCAGCUUUACGCGACUUUCGGCGGCCCCUGGGCGGACAACCCCAUCAGGCCCCACGAAUUGGAUGUUAAAGUUGGUUUUUAUUGAUAAUUCUCACCUUGAAAAUCGAAAAAACCAUCCAUUUUUCUGAAUGAUUUUCAUUUUUAUCACUUCCCCAUAGCUCAGCUUUUCACAGUUCUUUUCAUUUUUCACCUCAAAAAAUGGACAUUUUAAGGUACCCGAUGAAUAUUUAACAAAUGCGUUGAUUCGGGACAAAUUACCGCCGGUUAAACUGAAUAAGGUUGGUUUUUUUUUCGACAUUAGGCUUGAAAAAUAAAUUUUUAGCCUUUUUGAAGCACUUUUUAAGGUUUUCAUAAGGUAAAACGUGAUUUUUGAGGUACGCAUGCCAUUUUGAGCACUUUUUGUCUCAUUUUUGAACGUUUAUACUUAAAAAUUGUGCAGGAGAUUACGGUAAGCAGGUUUCUGUACACCAAAACUCUUGGCGCGAAUUUAAAACUUUUUGUCGGAAAAUUUUGGUUUUUAGGCGUUUUUCAGUGUACAGUAGGGCAUUACUAACUUAAAAAACAAUUUCCUAGCUUUAUAUGUUCGAAAAAGAUACGGUAAGCAGCUUUCUGUACACCAAAACUUUUGGCGCGACUUUGAAACUUUUUGUCAAAAAAUUUUGAUUUUUCGGCAGUUCUAAGUGUACUAUAGAGCACUACUAACGGAAAAAACAGUUUUUCUCACUUUAAAAAUUAGAAAAAAACAGAAGAUUACGGUAAGCAGCUUUCUGUACACCAAUUCUUUUGGCGCGGGUUUAAAAAUUUUGGAAAAUAGGGCUUUUUGGCGGUUUUAAGUUUAGUCGAUUCGAAAAGGCGUGGCCUGUCUGCGCUCUCCACCAGCCAUGCACUAUCUCUCAUUUUAUCGUGUCGGGACCCAUUUUUCGCUGGCUCAAGCCAGCUGUAAAGAAUCAUAUCCAGAAUGGCAUUACAAGCUGAAAAAUCAAUUUCCCCUUGUCAGAAUUAAUGAAAAGGAUCAUUUUUUCAGUUAUCGGAGGAUGUAUUGUUCUAUCUUUUCUACAAUUGCCCAAACGAGGUUUACCAAAUUGCAGCUGCUUGUGAAUUGUUCGUUUCGAUUUUUAAGAGACUAAAGAAAGCUCCCGUUUCUGUUCAGAUAUCAAAGAGAUUGGCGGUAUCAUAAGACGGAGGGCGUCUGGCUGACCCGGUCCCAAUACGGCGGCGUCAAGGAGCAAACCGGGACUUAUGAGAAGGGCCAGUACAACGUUUUCGACCAGAUGCAGUGGAGGAAGGUAUGGGAAAUGUCUGGGGAGCUGAAAAAAUGGGCUAAUCUCUGUCAGAGGCCUAGGAACGCCAGAGGGGUCCCUAUAGGGCUCAGGGAUGAAAAUGGGACGAAAAAGUGCCCUCUUAUAAAACGCAGGUGGUCCCUAGAGGGGUGAUGGUCCUGACCCCUAGGCCUCUAAAAGUUAAGUGGUUCUUAAAGGAGUCCCUUUAGGGUUCAGGGAUAAAAAGAGCGCUUUUACGGGGCCAGGAAGUGCCUCCUAGAGGGAUUAAGGAUCUCAGCUUAAAGGUUAAGUGACCCCUAAAGGGGUCUCAGUUCAAAAAGACAAACUUGAUCUAUUCAUCCCCUGUUGACAUUUUUUUAUUCAAAAACUCUAAUUUUCAAAAAGCCCCCUAUAGGGAUCACUCUGGCGUUUAAAAUAAUGUAUAGGCAAUUUUUUUGUACCACUAGGACGUUAUUCAGGUGUAUAGGGGUUAGGGGAAAAAACAGCUCUAUAGCGACCGAAAAAGUGAUCCCUAUAGGGGUCUGUCGGAGGCCUAGGAACACCAGAGUGGCCCCUAUAGGGGUUAGGGAAAAAAACGGGACGAAAAAGUGCCGUCUUAUAAAACGCAGGUGGUCCCUAGAGGAGUGAUCGUCCUGAUCCCUAGGCCUCUAAAGGUUGAGUGGUCCCUGAAGGGAUCUUCGUUCAAAAAGACGAACUUGAUCUAUUCAUCCCCUGCUGACACCUUUUCAUUCAAAAACUCUAAUUUUCGGCAAGGACCCUCAAAGUUGCCCCUGUAGGGAUCACUCUGGCGUUUACAGGACGUUAUUCAGGUUUAUAAGGGUUAGGGGAAGAAAAAACCCCUAUAGAGACCGAAAAAGUGUUCCCUAUAGGGGUUUAGGGUGUGAGCCCCCAAAGCUUAAGUGGAAUUUUUAUUCAAAAAAGGCUUUUUUCAGUUUUUUACAUGGAGAUGCUUCUUCAUAGAGUUCAUAGAAAUCGACUAGAAUGUCCCCUAUAAGGGCCACUUUUGCAAGCUUUAGUGGCCCGUGGAGGGGAAGGUAUAGUGGUUCCUAAGAUUGACCCUAGAGGGACCACUCUGAAAUUCCUAGGAAGCUGUAAUAUAAGGAAAAAUUUUAGAAAAAGAGUUCAUGAGUUUCAGAUCCCGAAAGAGCUGAAAUUGGAGUACAAGGAGCUGGAGGAGCGGCCAAAGCUUCCGCAAAUGUUCGCCAGUGCGGGUCUUGGCACGACGACGGCGACGGCAGCAGCAGCGGCGGCCGCGGCGGCGACGUCGCACCAGGCGCCGGGCUCGGGUCUCGCGCCCGGCAGCGUCCCGACCGCGACAACAGCCCCCUCGACCUCAUCGACCAUCAUGAGCAGCAUCGGAAGCCUUCUGAGCGGCGCUGCGACGCCCGUCACCGCGACGACCGCCUCCAACUCGGCGGCCAGCGUUCUCAGCGGGCUAGCGGCGGCCGCCGCCGCUGCCACCACGGCCGCGGCACACCGAGCCACUCCCUCGGCGCAAUAGUAAUAUCAAUGUGAGUCUUGGGUCAGGAAAGGUCUGGGAAAAGAUAGUGUAGGACAAUUUUCAUAUAACGUGACCGAAAAGUCAAUAGGGGUGCUAGGGAAUGGAAAAAACGCAUUGAAAAGGGGAAACGCUAGGAAAAGUCGAAGGAACCCUUUAAAAAGAUUUUUGAGAUUAUAGUAGACAAUUUUCCAAGUUGUAGUAAUGUCAAUAGAACCUUUAUUGUAUAGGAAAAGGGAAAAGCUUCUAGGAAGAGCUUUUAAAAAAAAGUUCUAGGAAAAGGAAAAGAUCUAGAAAAACUUGAAGGUGAAAUUAGAAAACCUUAAGAAUUGCCCCCCCAAUUCUAGAAGAAGUCCAAAAAAAUCGAAAAAAGGUUCUUGAAAGUUCUAGGAGAAGAUCUAGAAAAAAACUUGAAGGGGAAGUUAGAGAACCCCAGGAAAAGAAGCAGAAAAAAAUUCCCCCAUUCUAGAAGAACCCACAAAAAAAUCAAAAAAAGGAGGUUUUUUUAAAAAGUUACGUUGAAGCUUAGCUCGAAGCAGCGAGUUUGGUGAGCCCUUCAAGAGCUUUUUUGAGGAUAAACUAUUAAAAAAAUAGCUAGGAAGUUGAUAAAAAUGAUGAGAACUUGAGAAUUUGUUGUUGCCAGAUUUUUCUAUAGGUCUUUAUAGGUUUUUUUGGAGAUUUCAAGGUUUUUCGAUAAUUUUCAAGUUCUAGAGGGAUAUGAGCAGAGGAAUUGUACACUAAAAAAAGCAGAAUUUUAAAAUUAGGCCUUCUAGAUAACGAUUUUAAGAAGGGGUUUGACAAAUUUUGUGAAAAAGCCGUGGCCGCACUUGGAAUGGCUCAGUCUGCGUAGCGGUUUUUCAAGGCAGUGCACUUCGUUAGCCAUUCCACGUGCGGCCAUGACUUUUCUAAAAAUAAAAAUAACGCAUUUUUCCUGUACUUCGUGUAGUAUAAAGAUAAGUAGUUCGAAUAAAUACAAGACAAAAAUACUGUAGAAUAACCAGUUACAGCAGUAAGGCAACUUUGACCAAAAUUACUGGAAAAAAGAAUAUUAAAAAUAAUAAGAUUGAUUUUUUUGCAGCGUGUACGAAUGUGUGAGAAGCAAGUGAGAGAAGCGAAAAAAAAAAAAAACAAAAAACGAGUUGAAGAAGACGUCCACGUUUGCUGCCCCAGUGCUCGGUGAAGAGAAAAGUCAGAAGAAUCCCGCGGAAAAGCCGCUCGGAGCCCAAAAGAACACAAAAAUCAGAUCCACUUUUUCUCAAUCCUCCCAAAAAAAAAAAGAAAAAAAACGAACCGCACCGCCCAUUUUAUUCCACCUCGUUCCCGCCCGGUAAAGUCGAUCUCCAAAAGCUGCACCCUUCUUUUCCGUUUCUCACUGUCCUUUUUUCUAUUAUCAUUCUUUUUCCUUACCCUACAACCGUUCUACGCCUCGUUCCCCGUUGUUUUUCAAUUUUUCUCAUUGUUUUCUAUUGUAUUUCUUUUGGGAGAAGAGGCUUUUUAAAGGGGCUUUUAGGAGUAGUUUGAGCAUUUUUGAGGAGCCUUAAAAAGGUCGAAAAAUCAAGAUUUCAGCUUUUUAAGGCGAUUUUAGGCUUUCAAAUGAAUCUAGCGAACUUCUGUUUAGAUUUUCCAUUUUGAAGCGCUUGAAACGAAAAUUCAAAAUGACAAAAAUGUUGGAAAUUAAGCUUGAAUUCCAAUUUUUUCCGAAAUUUCGCCCUUUCCAGGUGCAAAAUUCAAGAUUCUUUAGGCUUUCAGAAGAAUUCCGUUCAAAUUUUCUAUUUUGAAGCGCUUGAAAUUGAAAUUCAAGAUGUUGAAAAUGUUGGAAAUUAAGCUUAAAAUCCACUUUUUCCGAAAAUAAGAUCGAUAAUUUUCUCUAGCCAUUCCCAGCCAUUGAAAAAACCUCUUCUCUUCCCAAAAUUUUCUUAUUUUUUCUUCCCCGAUCAAUCGAUUGCCAUCAAUCAAGAUUGUUGCUAGGUUUUUUUUGUCCUUUCCUUUUUUCUCGCUUAUUUUUUGGCCUUUCUUGGUGUCGGUAUAGUCUAGGGGCUAGGAAAGAAGCGAUUUUUGAUUGA